UCCACGGAGUUGUCGUUCUCGGAGUCGUAACAGCACCGGGAGCGACGGCAGUGUCCGGACCCCGGUGAGGCGGCGGGUGAGGAGCUCGGACGCGGCCCCGGCGCAGGUCACUGUGAACGGACAGGGCAGGACUUUGCUGGCAUCGCCUUCCUGAGCCCGAGUGUCCCGCAGGGCCCAGCCGUGUCCUCUCAUCAUGGUCUCUCCACUCUGCCUCAACAGUGGUGGUAAAACCACCCCCAAGCCUGGGCUGAAAGAGGCUUUGCCAGCCCCGCUGAUGCCUCGAGAUGCAGCUUGUCACAAGCAGAGAGAGGGCACCCGCACGAGGCUCCUGGGGCAUCUCGCCCUGGCAGUGGUUCUGCUCCUGCUCCUGGCUUUGGUGGUGGCCGUGGCUGUGCUGGCAGUGAGAAGCCUUGGAGAGAUUCCAGUCACGCCCAGGCCUCCAGAGUUCCUGGCCUGUCCCGAGGCCUGGGUCGGGUACAACAGGGUCUGUUACUACCUCUCCAGGGAUGAGGGGACCUGGGAGCAGGCUCGGGAUCGCUGCUCCGAGCUCGGGGCCUCCCUGGCCGUGCUCAGCGACAGGGAAAUGGGCUUCCUCUUCCGCCUCAACGACAACCUGGAUUACUGGCUGGGGCUGCGGAGACGGGGCGAGCGGCUGCAGUGGGUGGACGGCAGCAGCUACAACUCCUCGGUCCCCGUCCUCGGUGACUCCGAGUGUGUGUACCUGGGCCAGCGGCGCUUCAGGAGCGGGCUCUGCUCGGCUCAGCGGCCUUACCUCUGCAACAGACCCCAGGAUCGCCUGGGAUAGACAGUGGGAAGGGGACCUUUUCCUCCAUCCUGAAUAUUCAACAGCUUUGCCUCUUCUCCCAGCACACCUCAGCUCUCCACCUGCCUUGCAGUUGUUUGUCAGCAUCACCUCAGAGUUUGGUGCCAUGGAUACCUCAGUGCAACCCCUCGGGGUCACCUCAGUGCCUGGUGUGAAGGGGAUGAGCCUGCAGGGAGGGGACAUGAUGUGGCUGCCUGGACUGGGGGCUCUGGGUUUCUUUGUCCUUCUAGAACCAUCCCAGAACUCCUCCUGCUUCUCUAACAGCCCACAGUUGCACCCUAACCCUCAAUGCUGCCCAUCAGGAGUGAAGCAGGAGGUCCCCCACCUUGGAUGCAGGUCGGUGGUCCCCACCAGUGCUUCUGUUCUGUUCUGUCACCUUGUUCAGUUUUGUAAUAAAACCUUGUGAAAUCCA